AUGUUGAACGAGGGCAGAGACGAGUUCGAGCAGCGUGGACAGACAGACCAGCCACAACAGGAGCAGGAGCCGACAGAGCAGCAGAAUACUUCGCCUUUGUCGUCGGAUGCCGAGACAGAGCCAUUGACGAACGAUGAUCCAAGUCUCGACGGAACGCUUACGCAGCAGGAGGCAAUGCAUGUACGUGCAAGUCCAGCACCUGCUGCAGAAGGAUCGCCAACGCUUCAUGGUGCGGUCGUAGACGAUGUGCACCAGGCAGAUACAGGGGAAACCGUGACUCCCUCUGGCAAUUUUGGGAGUGAAAGUGAUCUGACGCAUGAGUCAGAGCGAGCGACGCCACAACCGACAGAAACACAAGAUCAUGGCGCACACGAGGAUGCGCCACCACUCGCCAGUUCCGCAGAGUCAUGGGACUUGACGCAAAAGCCGAGCGCGACUGGUCUAAAAUGCAGUGCGCUAGACGGACUUGCCGAACUAGCAGCUUCAGCAGGUGACAUGGCACAGAAUGAUACCGCAUACACACGCACGAAUGAUGCAGGUGCGCUCGAAACGCAUGCCUCGCAGGACGAGGUAGUUGAGCAGGAAGAGAAUACAUAUGCACGCCCAGUUACCAAUGACGGUGCAGAUGCAGAUGCCUUCGACAAGAAUGUCGAGGCUGACGACGACAACAACAACAACGACGAUGAGGAUGACGAUGGCCAUGAUGAUACAGCGCCGAGAACGCCUUUCACACAAGUGCAUGAUCGCAUCGAUGACGUGGCAAUGGACAUGCACGCAUCACCACAACGCAAGACACAGUCGCUGCACCGCGCGGUGAUCGCCGCUAUGGGCAAGCGCCGCGCCGCGGCGACUGGUGGUGCACCCAGCUUGCUGGUGGACCAAGAUGUGGACAGUUCCAAUCCGCCUUCGGCAGCGACUAGUCGGCAGGGAAGUCCGACGGCAGAUUCAGAGGAUGCUGUGGAUGCAACAAAGGCUCCCGACCAGGAUGAGACAGCGUCCGGGAAGGAGGACGACAACGGUGCCGACGAAGACAGAAGCGAGGAAGCACUAGGACGGAUGCAGGAGGAAACCGGAGAAGAGGAUACCGAAAACAUGGACGUCGAUGAGCGACUGGAGCAACGCACGUCUCGGAAAGGACAAGACCAAACGAAGCAAGAACCUGGUGAAGACGACUCUAGAGCCGACACAGUGGGUGAGGGGGACAGUGAGCGGACGGAACAGAGAAGAAAGAAGGCAACAAGGACGAACGAGAAAGAGGAUGCUGUAAUGACGACGCCCUCAAAGGGAAGAGGCAGUACAAGUGCUCACUCUGUAGAUGCUGCUGAGAACGAAGAAGAGACAUCCCUACAUCGGCAAGAAGCCCUGGAUCAGCUGACUCGUAUCGAGUUGGGUUUCGUAAUGCUUCGACAGCGGUUGUAUACUGAGCGCUUAGAGGAGCUGGAGCGCGAAGCGGACAUGAUCCAGCAAGGGACGCACCCCGAGCUGCGCAUUUUGCACACGCUUAUCGACACACGCAAAGAAAAACGCCUGGCAUGCUUAGAUGUAUGGUUGCGUCUGCAGGAACAAGAGUAUGAACACUUGGAGAAAACAGAAGAGAAAAUAGCGUGGGUCAAUUGGCGUGAUCGAGCCGCGUCGAUUCGACGCGAAAUGAUGUCGCAGACCGACCGGAAGCGACGCAAGUUGGAGCGUGAGAAGCGCAUGCUCGAUGCACCACAGCCAGCACGACGGCAUCAGCCAUUUGAGGCUGAGUUUGCUUACAAGCCACCUGCCUAUUCGCGGCGCACACGCCAGAUGCCAGAUUUGUAUAUGAAAAGCGAGGCAUCCCUGCGUGACGUGCGCAACUUUGUCGCAUACCCUGAUGUGCGUGGACUUGAUGAAUAUGAUGCCUGGCUUGAUAUGGAGCAAAUGGGCAUACGACCUGUACCCAUGCCGCCGCCCGGUUACUUGCGUGUGGAUGAAGUGCCACCAGCAGCAGCACACGAGCUGUAUGUGCCAGCACCGCUGUCGUCGUCGUCGUAUGCAACAGGAGGAAGUGAGGCAGCUAUGCCUCCAGGGGCUGAACAUAUGGGCUAUUAUGGGCCUCUUCCUCCUCCUCCUGCAGGUGCCCACAGAGGCCAUUUCGAGCACGGUCCUCUUCCUCCGCCUGCCGGCGCCUACGAUGGCAUGUACGUCGACACGAUGGACAUGUCACGGCGCGCGCCCCAGAACGCAGAGUACGAAGCUCCGAUUCCGGCACGCCCUUCAGCUGCCGGGGGAGCGGCUGGAGUUGGAGCGCCGGGUCAUGCAUCGGCAGCAGACUCUGGUGCUGGUGCGAGUGCUAGUACUGGCACGGGAGCGCCUCCUUUCGCAUCGUCAAAUAUGCCGACACCCACCGGCAACUAUUCCAUGUCGUCUGAGCAGACGACAUUGAAUGGCGUGCCCAUGACGCAUGUGGUUCGUGCAUGA